AUGUUCCCCAGCCCUGCGCUCACACCCACGCCCUUCUCAGUCAAAGACAUCCUGAACCUGGAGCAGCAGCAGCGCAGCCUGGCCGCUGGGGACCUGUCCGCGCGCCUCGAGGCCACCCUGGCGCCCGCCUCCUGCAUGCUGGCCGCCUUCAAACCCGAGGCCUACUCCGGGCCCGAGGCGGCAGCGCCCGGCCUAGCAGAGCUGCGCGCGGAGCUGGGCCCCGCGCCUUCGCCCCCGAAGUGCGCUCCUGCCUUCCCAGCCGCCCCCACCUUUUAUCCUCGUGCCUACGGCGAUCCUGACCCGGCCAAGGACCCUCGAGCAGAUAAGAAAGAGCUGUGCGCGCUGCAGAAGGCGGUGGAGCUGGACAAGGCCGAGACGGACGGCGCCGAGCGACCACGCGCGCGGCGGCGGCGGAAGCCACGCGUGCUCUUCUCGCAGGCGCAGGUCUACGAGCUGGAGCGGCGCUUCAAGCAACAGCGGUACCUGUCCGCGCCCGAGCGCGACCAGCUGGCCAGCGUGCUGAAGCUCACGUCCACGCAGGUCAAGAUCUGGUUCCAGAACCGGCGCUACAAGUGCAAGCGGCAGCGGCAGGACCAGACUCUGGAGCUGCUGGGGCCGCCGCCGCCGCCCGCGCGCAGGAUCGCGGUGCCCGUGCUGGUGCGCGACGGGAAGCCCUGCCUCGGGGACUCGGCGGCCUACGCGCCCGCGUACGGUGUAGGCCUCAACGCCUACGGCUACAACGCCUACCCCUACCCCGGCUACGGAGGCGCGGCCUGCAGCCCCGGCUACAGCUGUGCCGCCUACCCUGCCGCGCCCCCCGCCGCGCAGCCCGCCCCCACCGCCAACGGCAACUUCGUGAACUUCGGCGUCGGGGACUUGAACGCCGUGCAGAGUCCCGGGAUGGCGCAGGGCAAUUCGGGCGUGUCCACACUGCAUGGCAUCCGAGCCUGGUAG